AUGAACGUUCCCAUGCAAGGCCAGUACGCCCGGGGUUAUGCCCCAGUCCAGCGGUCCCCAGCUGCGCCACGUCGCCCGCAAGGGGGUCCGAUGCCCGUCGCAAUGCCCCAACAUGCCGUAAAUGCUCAGUAUAUGCCCGCGCAACGCGCAAUGCCCCAUCCUAACGAUGCAGCCCUUCGCCGGAGUCGCAAACCCACAGAUAAGAACAUCCCCGCUGGCGUCGAAGAAGCUGUCAUUGGCGAAGUCGUUCAGCAGUACAACCACCUCCACGACUUGGAGAAGCGAUUGGAUGCUGCCAUUGUUCGAAAGAGGCUGGAUAUCCAAGAUUCCAUCAGUAAAACCGUGAAAAAGUACCGCACUCUACGCGUUUGGAUUACCAACACUGUUGAGAACCAGCCGUGGCAGGGUGGUAGUAACACUGGCGCUGGUAGAUAUAAUGUGCGCAUCGAGGCGCGAUUGCUAGAAGAUGAGAAUGAUCCUACCUCACCGCAAAGUGAAGAUGAUGAUGCGAUGGACGAGGGCCAGGGCGAGGGCGAGGGCGAAGAUUCAAAGUCGUCAGAGUCGAAGAAGCCGACUCCGCGAUUCUCGCACUUUUUCAAGACUAUCACUAUCGAUUUCGAUAAGCCUGUCAACGCUGUUCCUGAAGAGGUGAAGACCAUUAACUGGGUUAAGCCCCAGCUACCACCUAACGCCACGGCGGUACCGCCCACUGCCGACUUUGAUAGCCUCCAGUUCUCGCGGGCCUCCCAGGAGAACCUGAAUGUGACCAUUAGCUUGGUGCGAGAUGAAACUCCUGAGCGGUAUAAGCUGAGCAAGGAGUUGGCCGAGGUCUUGGACGUUGAGGAGGAGACCCGGAGCGGGAUUGUGCUCGGUAUUUGGGACUAUAUUCGCGCCAUGGAGCUGCAAGAAGACGAAGAAAAGCGCCAAGUGCGCUGUGACCACCGUUUGCGCUCGAUCUUCGGCCGCGAGCAACUGUACUUCCCUCAAAUCCCUGAGAGUAUUGGAGAACACACCAGCCCCAUGGACCCGAUUAAACUCCCCUACACUAUCCGCGUGGACGAUGAAUUCCACAAGGAUCCAACGCCUACCAUUUAUGACAUCCAAAUCGCAGUCGAAGACCCCCUGCGCGCUAAGAUGAUGGCUCUCACCCAGAAUCCGCAGUACACAACUGGCAUGCGCCAGAUUUCCGCGCUAGAUGAUCAGGUUGCGCUCAUCAUUCAAUCCCUCUCUCACUCUAUUGCUCGCCACACCUUCUACACAGACUUGAGCAAGGACCCGGCUAAAUUCCUCAAGCGCUGGGUCAACUCACAACGUCGUGACCUCGAGACUAUCAUCGGUGAUGUUACUAAUACUGGCGGUAGUAACACUGGCCCUGAGCUUCGUCGUGGAGGUGAUGAUAGUGUAUGGAAUACACCUGUGGCUGUAGAGGCUGUUCGAUACAUGCUUGGCAAGCCGGAUCCUCACCUUGGCCGGUAA